AUGCGGCAGCCUUUUGCCAUCAGACUGUUGCUGCUGUUGUUGCUUUCAACUGCAUCGGGGUCGGCGGCAGUAUGGCUUCGCAGCCGCAACAAGGGAGGUUACCCUCCCCAUGGGAGCAGCAAUAGGAAGGCCUGUUGCAGAAAUUCACCUUCAGGCUUUCUACCUGAGUUGUCUCGUGGUACCAUUCUAGGCCUCCCGCGUGCCGCUAUACUGGGGAAGAGCGCAGCUGCAACCACGGCAGCAAUAGUAGAAGCGCGAAGGCCUAUCCAGCAGUCGCCUCAUCAACAGCCUGCCCUCACUUCACCUAGCGUAUCCCCGCCGUUCCCCUUCAGUGUUGGGGAUGGUGAGGCUGCUGUGCCUUCUGCUGCUUCUGCCGGGCUCCAGGCGCACGAGGAGGCAAACGCAGAACGCGAUUCUAUAGUGGCUGCAGUCGAUGACUUGUCCUUGCGCUCGUUGCUGUCAAGACAGCUACUGGUGUGGGGACCGGAGCAGCAGAAAGUGCUGCCGAACUCACGCGUACUGCUAAUUGGCGCGAGUGCUGUUGCUGUUGAGGCCGCAAAGUGUUUGCUGCAGUCGGGGGUGGGUUGCGUCUUGUUGGCGGACCCGGAGGAGCCGGCUCCUCAAGAACGCGCAGCCAACUUUGCCCUGGCUGAGUAUGCAGAGCAGCAAGAAGCAGCAGCUUCGGAAACAGCAGCUUCAGAAGCAGCAGAUCAUGCUACAUUUGCCGUUGCUGAAGCUGCCGACGGCGCUGGUGCUCCUGAUCCUUCACUGUUUUCUCCACGACGCCGGGUUAGCCUGUCUGCCCAGCUGCUGGGAACUCACGAGCGGCGCCAGCAGCCAGUGCGUCCAGUGACUCGAGCUGGAAUUGCCUGUGCUGCUUUACGGCGGGUCGGUGCUCCGUACGCUCGCGUCUCGGAGGUGGCCUUACAUAUUCAGCCGGGGGAAACUGCGGCCGCUUGGCGGGCGCGUGUGGUGAACGUGCUGCAGCAAGUCGAUGUGCUUCUGCUAUGCGAUAGACCUCUGCAGCAAAAAAUUUUUUACUCUGCGAUGGCUCGAGGACUGCGGUCCCAGUGGAAGGAGCAGCAACUGCGUGAACAGCAACCGGAAGGACGGCAGCGGCAACUGCAGCACGAGAGGCAGCCUCACAGACGCCAGGGAGGCCCCCUUGUAGUGACUGUGUGUACAGCUGGGCUCACCGGCCGGGUUGCUGUUGACUUCGGCGAUUUCAGUUUUUCCAGAGUCAGCGAAGAGGCUGCUCUCACAGCCCUCUUGCAGAAACACGCGCAACAGAAACUGCAACGCCAGCAACAACACCAGCAGCAAGAGCAAAUUGGACGUAUGCGUUUUGCCCCACUAAGCACCGUCCUGUGCCUUUCGGACUCCAAACAGGCCAUCGAAGAGCAGUCAUUGCUGGACUGGCAGGAGCCGCCUGAUGCGCAGCAGCAGUACCUUAUUGCCGCGUUUGAAGCCCUCGAUGCAGCGGAGACAGACGGACGUGGAGUGAGCCAAGACCCACCAGAAGUUGCUGCAGCACGCGAGGAAGUUGCUGCAGCAGCAGCUGUUGCUGCGCCUGACGACAGCAGAGAAGCAGCGUCUGCAGCUGCUGGAAGUCUCAGGAGCUGGAGUGCUAACCGUCUACCUGCUGCCUCACUCGUUGCAACUCGCGCUGCUGCCAUUUGGAAACGUCGUUUUGGGCCCAGUGUGGCUGGCGCAGCGGCGGCCUCCGCAGCGGCCGCAGCAUCGGCUGCUCGCCAGUCUGCUGCUGCAGUUGCUGCUGCUGCCUCUGGAGCAGCAGCUGCUGCAGUUUCGACGGGGGAAUUGGAGGCUGGGCGGGUUGGGGCGCUCAUGGCUCGCGGGUCGCGGGGACACCUUGCCCCGGUUGCAGCCGCAAUGGGUAGGCAACAGUGCUUUGUUUCCGCCUCCUGUGCUGCUGCUGCGUUCUGGAUGCAUUGGUUCGUGAACAACUGUGGGGCUACAGUUGUCUUGUGUGCCGCUGCCCUCGCAGGUGCUCUCGCUGCGCAAGAGACCCUAAAGGGACUCACCCGAAAAUACCAGCCUCUGAAUGGGCCAUUCGUGCUGCAUGCGCUGGAGCUGCUAGGGCUUACUGUACCGGCCCAAAGGAAAGAUGACACGAAACGAGUCAGCGGCGACAAGGUCGGCAGCCGCAGCUACACGCGGACUUGCGACAGGCACGCCUCUGAUGGCUCACCAGCUCAUGCGCCAAUAUCACCUGCAGCGGGGGCAGAACCAGGCGCAGCAGCAGGGAAAACGGAAAAUCUGGAAGCUGCUCCUGCUGUAGGUGGUGCUCCGAGAGAGGCAGCAGCAAGGCGGGUGCCUUGGGAAGGGCAGCAGCAACUCCUAGGCUUGGCGCUGCAGCGUCGACUUAAUCACUUGCGAGUCUUGCUAGUGGGUGCCGGCGCUAUCGGAUGUGAAGUACUGAAGAAUUUUGCGCUUAUGGGCGUUUCUGCGGACUGCCGUAACUCCAGCGGCAGCAGCGAGAGUCCCACUACCAAGUACUGCUGUAGCAGCAGCUCCAGGUGCAACCCAUCCACGAGCGGCGAAAAGCAAGGCAGCGGCCUCCUGCGACUGCUUUUCGCGUGCUUACACGGAGCCCAGUGCAGCAUGUUCAGGCGAGCUGAUGCUAGAGCAGCAGGAGCGGCGACUUCAGUAGGAGCAGUAGCGAGGGAAGAGAGUGCGGAAGCCUGCAAGCGCGGGUUGCUCUCUUUGAUGGACGGGGACACCGUGGAGACCUCUAACCUCAGCAGACAGGUCCUCUUUACUGCCUCGUCUUUACAACAGCCCAAGGCAACCGCUGCUGCUGCUGCAGCGCUACGCUUCUGCAGCCGCAUACGACUGCGCCCUUUCCCGUAUAUGGUCCUCUUCACUGCCUCGUCUUUACAACAGCCCAAGGCAACCGCUGCUGCUGCUGCAGCGCGACGCUUCUGCAGCCGCAUACGAAUGCGCCCAUUCCCGUAUAUGCUGUCUUCAGAUACCCUAAGACACCUCCCCUCCAUGUACCUACAGGACCAGGACUUGGUGGUGGCUGCCUUGGACUCAAUAGAGGCUCGUCUUUACGUCGACACGCUUUGCCUCCUCCACGCCAAGCCUUGGGUGGAGGCCGGCACUCUCGGUCUUCGAGGCCAUUCUCAGAGCCUGGUGCCUCAUCUGACGGAACAUUACGCCGCUGCAUUGAUUGGCACUGCUGUUCAUGCUUCUCCAACUGCCCAAUCCCAGACGGCUGUCCCCGUUUGUUCUGUUCGGGGAGCUCCCACUACCCCUCUCCAUGCAGUGCAUUGGGCCUCAGCUCUGCUGGAGCACACCUUCAAAACUGACAUCGCCGCUGCGCAUAUGCUGCUGCAGCAGCUGCUUCAGCAGCAGAUACAAUUGCGCCAGAGGACGUCUGGUGAACACGGAAGGGCUGCUCUACCACCAGCAGCGUCAUCUCAUGCCGCUUCUUCAGGCGCGCCCGAUGAUGUUCAGGUAGCGCUUGGCAGGUUGGGCAUGGCCCCUGUUGCUGUGGCUGCCGCCGCUUCUGGGCCUAUGCGGCUGCGGCUGCUGUUGCGGCUUGCAGUGGAGGUCCUGAGAGCGCAGCGCAGCACGACUUCCGUAGCACAGGGUCAGCAGGCGUCGCAGGAGCAGCAGCAGCGCGGGAAUUGGCGAAGGCAUUACGAAAAACAUGGUGGCAGCAAAUACAGAGUUUCUCCUCUGUCGCCAGAGCAUCUGAGGCUUGUGGAGUUUGCAGUUUUUUUGUUUGGUGUUUUGUACCAGAAAGGAGGCACAGAGGGGCCAAUGCAAGGAGACGCAGCAACAGCAAAGGACAGCGCCUCACGUGAGAAGGACGCAAACAGGCCACAUAAACAAAGACACUUGCUUUUGGAUCCUGCAGACGCAGACGCACUCGACUUUGUUGCUGCUACUGCGCAGCUACUUGCUGCCAGCCUUCGCAUGGAAUCCCCUGCAAAGGAAACGCACACCUUUGACUGUGCAAAUCCCCCAUCGGCUUCCGUCUUGCAGCAGGAGCAAGCGGAAGAGUUGCUGUUGCAAGGAAGGGGCUCGGGCUCUUGGAGCCGUCAGUCAAUUGCUCAAGCCCUGCAGCGUUUGCUGCCGAAGGCCGCGCUCAGCGAAGCUGGGGAAGCAGGGUUGGCAGAGGGCAGUGUAGAUCCCAUGGCUGUCAGUCUUUCUGCACUUGCUGAGGAACUGGUUCGAGAAGUGGCUGCAAGAGCCGCCGGGGCAACGAUGGGAGCACACUUGAGACUUAUCGGGGCCCCUGCCGUUCCGUCUCUCUCUGCAGAUGACGCCGUGCCUCUCCGCUUCCUGACUUCUGCCGCCCGGCUUCGCUGCCGAGCCUUUGGGCUGACGCCUCUCCCGAGUCCCGAAGAGGCUCAACAGCUGAUAGGCAGUAUUGUUCCUGCAACUGCAACUGCGACGACUUUUGCGGCUGCGCUUGUCUGCCUCGAAGUGUAUAGAUUAGUAGCUUUGGGCCUCGCAGGUGUGCCUUCGGGCCAACGCGUGCAGCAGCGAGAACAGCCACAGCAGCAGGAGCAACGCAGGCAGCAAACGGGAAGGGAUUACCCUGUGCUGUGGUUGGACAGGGGUGAACGCCGAUAUCGGCAAGCUGCGACGAAACAGCAGCAACAGUUCCUGCGGAGCAGCUUCUUCUCCCUAUCAGUGCCAUUCCUGGCGGAGGCGCCCCCGCUGCCUCCUCCAAUGCAUCACUUCCACGCAGGCCGCUGGCGUGGACUACCUUUUUCUCCUUGGCACUUCUUCCGCCUGAGACUGCGCGGCAGGGGUGUCAGCAGGAGCUCUAAUUGGUGCGUAGGGCAAGGAGCGGUUCCAGGGGAAGCAGAAGCAGCGGAGGCAAUUACCAUAUCGGAGCUAGUGGGGCUCAUAGAGAAGCACACUCGGGCUCAUGUUUUGUCUUUGACGUGCGAGGGGACUCUCCUCUACGCUGCUUCAGAAGAGAAUGACAAGCUGCAGCGCCAGCAAUUGCAGGCAGCGUUUCCGCCUCAUAUAGUGGCGUUGUUUGGAGAGCAUCAGCAAGAAACGCUCCCUGACCCGGAGACGAGCCUCACUGAGGCAUUGCGCCGUGCAGGAUUAGCUCCGAGUUGCGGCGAGAUGCAGCAGCCUCGCCAGCAGCAACAAAACAGGAGUGCAAGGCGUCUGCAUCAACAGUUUAAGGGCCCCACUUGGGCGGUGAUCCGCAUAGCGGCUUCGGAUCCGUUUGGGGUUUGUGUGCCUUUGCCUCCAGUUAAGGUUUGGAUAAGGCCUAAGGCGUAA